CUUUUUCUUUCAUCAGAUCGCCCAGUUCAGCAGGCAGUCUGCAUAUUGCAGUCAGCACACGUUGGACUUGCUGUUUGUUCUGUGUGUGCGCGUGUCUCUGUUUGAAAGAAGGACGGGGGUGUAUGGAAAGCUCAUACACAAGACUAGAGAAUCAGAGAGAGGGGGAAAGAGAAAGCACAGAAAGCAGAAGGAUCCAUCUCAGAAUUAACAAAGAAAACAGCUGAAUGAUCAUUCAUUCUUCUGCGGAGAGGUCUUCGCCAGUGGUUUCAAGCUUAGCAUCAUCCUGAAAAGCUACAAGUCGACAAAGACGUGAUGCACACUCCAGUGUCCAUGCUGAUGGGGGUUGUGUUUGCUCCCUUGGGCCUUGUGCUGGUGUUCACUGCCGCGAUCACGCCGCAGUGGAGGGAGGGACAGGCGCGGUUGGGUGCGGCAGGGCGUGGCGGAGCUACGGAGCUCCUCCUACUUCGUUCGGACGGCCUGUGGGAGAGCUGCCUGCAGGUGGUGCACUCCGAAGUCAAAGAGUGCUGGCCCGUGUCGGGGUCCUACCAGCGGGAUGCUCGGGUUCGAAUGGUCCAGGGGAUGGUGCUCUCGUCUCUUUUCCUGUGCGGUGCUGGGAUUGUCCUCGCCAGCGUGGGUGUCCGCUGCUGGACUGAUAUCCCACUUAGGAGUGUAGCUGCAGCUGGUGGCCUAUUGGUGGCGCUGGCAGGUGUGCUCAGUCUCGCUGCGUUAGGAGUGUACACUCAUAAUCUUUCAAAGCUGGGGAUCGAGGUGAAUUCAACCGUAUCAGAGACGCAAGGACUCAAUGUACACAAGCCACCCCGACUAACGUUACACCCAGCCGGGUCGCUUUAUUUCGGGUGGGUGGGAGCUUGGGUACAGGUGCUGGGAGGGGCCGCGCUGCUUUUUGGGUUCAAAAGCAUGAAGUGUUCAUCUUGCCGUAAGCAGAGACUCAAAGACAGUGCAGAGAUGUAUGAGGUAAACUGUUAGAUGGAGCAAAUGUUCCUGAGAGGUGAAGAGACUCUUAUGUGUUUAAACACAUUGGCACAUGGCCCAGUGUAGUGCAGCUGUAGUCUUUAUUAACUGGACCAAUCUGAAAUUAUACACGUGAUGUUUCUAAAGAGAACUAUAUUAAAAUAUGUAGGAAACUGCUAACAGAAGCCUUAAGUCCUGUUCACACCAAGAACUAUACUAUAAAGAACUCUAUGUUAGCAUCCAUACCAGCAAAGUCAGGUCAAUUCUGAUUGUCAGUGUUUUUGUCAUUAGUCUUUCUGAAAGCAAUUUCAAUGACAUCACUCCUCUGUGGCGUUAUUAUCGUUAUUGCUGUCUUAAAACUUUAUAUAGUUAUCAUCCUUGGUGUGAACAUGAGGUUGGUUCACAUAGUAUGUGUUUUUGUUUUCUUCUGCGCGAUUAAUUUUUUUCUGUAUUUUACAAUUCUAUUUAUUUAUUUACUAAUUUGUUUUCGGUUUUGUCAACUUUUAAAAAUGCUUGUGGAUACAUUGCGUUCCUUUUUAUUCCCAUACCAUGCGCCUCAUUUAAAUGCAAAGAUGCAUUCUGUGUGAACGGUCCCUCAAUUGAUAAGACAUAGAUUGUAGCCUAUGAGUUGUCUGUUUCGUGGCAGAUUUUACCGUUGAUCAUGACAGUACUGUAUUAUUAUUAAGCUGUUGUAAAAUGAAAGCAAUGUACUAGUGUCACAAGGCUGUUGUCAUUUCUGGCUUUUCCCACUAGUGUGUGAAAUAUUUGUCAUGUUUCAUUUAUUUUAAGCCUAUGGCUGGUAAAAAGCAUUUACUUGUAAUAUAUUGAUCUGUAAGUAAUUACUAUCUUUACUUGAUAAAUCUUUCUGUUGUAAAUGUGUUUAGUUAUUGACUGUAAUACUAUAUGUGUUAGAUGAUUCAUUAAAUGUUUCAAAGCAUUUGUUCCUGCUGCCCCUGCGAUGUGAAAAGUAAGACUGCUUGUAACAGGCCUAGAUCAUCACACCUGCACAAACUAUCUAUAGGCUUGUCAUGCUAACUAAUGAUUUUACGCAAAACAAAUAUUUUGGGGAAAUACACAGCCACCUGUCCAGUACAUUCCCACAUUACAAAGA